AUGUCAACGGAAGAGAAGAAAGGAGGAAAAGAGGAUUCGAUUAAAAAAGAGGAUUCUGAAAAACGAGAUAAAAAACUCGAAAAGGAGAGCAAUGAAGCAGCUAAUUUGAAGAAAUGGUUAUUUAUAGGUAAGUCGGAGUUAUUUAUGGACUUUCGGGACAUCGAUUGAUUUGAAAACUCAGGGGGAAAUUGGGAAGCUUCUGCCUUCUACAUAGCUUUCCAAAACCUUCUACUUAUAAAAAAGCCCACCGGAAGCAUUUCAGAAGCUUUCCAGCAGGCUUCUGAGAGGCUUCUGACAGGAAUUUUCCAUUUUAACUUUCCAUAAACCUUCCAACCUCCUGCGGGUUACCUUCCCAACACCUUCACAAAAUUUGCCUAAGAAAUAACUUUUCAAAUUUUCAAAGAACAUACUUCAGGCUUGCCGACGACAGUAAUUUUUGCUGUGCUUGUCCAAUUACUUAUCAACAAGUUUUACACAAUUCCUUUGAACGCCAGAACGCUCAAAGCAACGUUUGCGAUCGACAUUGAUGAAGUCAGAGAAAAAAAGAUUCGAAAAAUCUAAACCCAAAAUUACAGGACACAUUCGGAAUCUACGACCCAGAAAAAAUUUUUGAGCUUCGGAAAGCCCAUCCUGAUUCUAUUCAGUUUGGUAUCAAAGUUGCGCGUAACGCUUCAGAAGUGAGUUUUUUUCUUCAAAUUACUUUUAAGGGUAUCUACUGUAGGACUGGGGCGAGGAUAGUGUGAGCGAGUUGGACUGGUAUCAGUGGGAAAUCGGAGACGCUCGAAAUUUCGGAAAACAAUUGUUUCAAGGUGAUUUUCACACGAAAUAACUAGGUUUUCCGAUUUUUUUUACACUUAAUUUCAAAUUUUUUUGAUAUCUCAUCACCGGAAUAAUUCACUCAGGAAAUUACAUUUAAAAAAACGCAUUAACAAUAAUUAAACUGUUAAAUUGAUCAAAAAUCCGACGAGUAAAAAAAUAAAAAAACUUCAGGAAAAACCUUUCUUUUUGCAAAUAUCCUGAAAAAAAUUUCAGCGUUGACGGGUUUUUUUCUAACUAGACAAAAAAAUUAAUUAACAUCAAAUUUUUUUGUUUUCAGGCAACCAUGUCAGCGGAAUCAUACGUUGGGUUCGAAACGACGCUACUUGGAAAGUACAGCUUGAAUUUUCCCACGAAAAAAUCGUCCAUGAACAUUUAGAACACGCAGUCGUGAUAUAUUUUCAAACCAAGGUAACCAUUUUGAAGAAUUUCAUGCGAAACAAAGACUUUUGCAGAACGCUUCAGAUUCAUUUUAUGAGAAGGAAGAAGUGUUGAUUUGGAAGGGAGAAAACUCUGAAGAUGGCAAGGUCAAAGCUGAAAUCAAAGCAAACGGAUCGUCUCGUCACCUUUUGAGAAGCGAGAACGGAAAACAAGAAGCGAAGUUCAUUUUUGAGUCAAGUCUUGCCCUGGAAUUGGUCUUCGCGGCAGAAGGCUCUGUGAGUUUUAAAGCCUUCUGACUUUGCUAUCUUCUGUUUCAGACGUCAAAUGAAAGCUUCACUGUUCUUUUUGAGAAGCAAGAAAAAGAUUUCGACAAAAAGUUCCAAGCUGGUUAUCUUCUGAGCAACCAGGUCAAUCAUAAAAAAUCUCAUGAAAACACUCACUUUCUUCUCAGAACCUUCCAACUUUCUACCAAUCAAUGGGAAAAUCAGCCCUUGCAAAUGUUCUGAACUCUCAAUUUUAUAUCAAAGAAGUUACGGCAAGCAGUCAAAGUUCUUCUUCUUUCCGUUUGGAUGUGAACUGGACCGGAGUAUUAUCAUCCCGAGAAAACUUUUUAUCAUCUUUCGAUGAUCAAACUUUUCCUCUGCUGACUAUUCUGAACUACGAUGCUGAAUUUGUUCAAGAUGUGAGCCGAGUUACAGUUCACGAGAAUAAAAAGAAUUCAUUUUCAGGCACUUUCAUCAUGGCUUCAGUUUAAUAAUAAACUCGAUGAAUCAGCCAACCGGAUUCUUGAAAAUCGAAUUCCACUUUUUGAAAAACCGCAGACGCUACUGGUUUUCUAUCUAUUACAUGCGAUGAGCAAGGUAAAAUAUCCCACCUUUUUUGACGUUUAAUUUAAAUUUCAGAAGCCUGAAUACAAAAACUUCCUGCUACAGCAUCAACAAAGUUUUUGUGAAAUGGCGCGGACAACCUUUGAGCAAUCAGUUUCCUACGAGAAAAAUCGCUUCACAUGGAAUUCCGGAUAUGGAUUUGAGAAUUCAACAAGUAGAAACACUUCGGUGAGUUUUUUGUUCAGAGUUUUCAAAAAUUUAUUUUUUUAUUAUUUCAGAUAGCCUCGUUUGAACUACAUUGCUUGCUUGAGAUUGUAGCCAAAUCCGUUGUUUCCAUCGCUGAUGAUGCGAAAGUAACUGAGGAGUUCCGUCAAAAAUUGGAUGAGCUUCGGAAUCAACGUGAAAAAUAUUGGGACAAUGAAGAAAAAUCUUUCACCGAUCUUUUCUGGUCUCCAUCGAAAAAGGUGGGUUUCUCACAAGGAAGGUGAUUUCACUUUGAGCUUGAAAUUCUAGAUUUAGAUUCCUUAAAAUCGCUACGUGCCUGAGCCACUGGUUCUCGAGAAACAUGAGUUAAAAGCUUAGCUUUUCGAUCUUUAAAAUUAAUGGCCUUAAAAACUAGAAAAACUAGAAGCUGGGUCAGGUAGCGACUAUGAGGGGCCUUCAUCUGAACCUUCAGAAAGUGUUUGAGCGAACUAGUAAAAAAUUCCAGAAAAUUCCAAGAAAUUUUCCAUCAAAUUCCAAUAUCUAACAGCAUACCACAGAACUGUUUAUAACUUUUUAUCAGUAUUAAAAUUUACUGUUUCAUUUUAAGGAAUCUCACAUCGCACCAGAAGACACCUAUAGUAAAUACCUGCCGUUGAUUUUCAAAAUGCUUCCACCUGAUUCUACUCAACUGAAAAUUAUGCUGAACCGACUGGGACAAGACGAGGUUUACUUUCUGUAGCUACUUCAUUACAAAAUGUUUUCAGAACUGGACUGAAGUAGGUCUCAGAACCUCAGAAAAAGGAGCUCCUCUGGUCAUCAACUACCUUUUAUUAGGCGCCCUGAAACAUUACGCGGGAGAAUCCAGUCCAGUACAGUACACGUCUCACUUGCUUUAUUCCCAACUUAAGAACAAGAUUAUUUCUUACGUGGCUAGAGAAUUCAAAAGAACUCACAUGUUUUUCGAAUAUUACGACGCCAAUGGCGUCGGUUCUGGAACUAGAGCCCACAAUUCUGCGUCCGUUAUUCUCCUCGUUAUGGCUGAAAUCUACUAUUGA